AUAGCACGCCCAUCCACAGCCACCAUCUCAUCCCCCCCUCCCACUCUCCCACCGAAGCCUGUGAUGGCUGUUAGAUGCAUGCAUGGCUUCACUGCAGGCAGCAGGGUGUGGCUUUCACCGGCCUGUGAAACACAGCAGAGUUUAAAUGUUGAACAGCCAACCCUGCCCUGCUCCACUCCUCUCUGGGUUUCCUUCAGUUUAGCUCCAGCAUCCAGCAGGGGAAGGCCUACAGAACUAAAAGACCAGUUUUAGUGAAGAGAUCUUCACAGUUUGCUGCUGGUCAUCAGAGAUGUCUCUGUCGGUGCUGGUGUGUCUGCUGCUCGUCCAGCUGUGUUUGGGAGAUCAGCCUGUGGAGGAAGUCAUCACAACCAAAAAGGUUCCUCCUGGUGACUGGUCUGUGAGGCUUCCAGAGUCAGCUGAUGUUCAGGAAGCAGUCAAAUACGCCAUCAAUGACUACAACAAGGACUCCAAGAGCAGGAAGAUCUUCAAGCUGGUCUCCGUCACCAGUGCUCACAGCAAGGUCACCAACGUGGUGAACUUUAAGAUCGCUGCAGUCCUGGGAAAGACCACGUGUCUAAAGUCUGAAAACCAUGACCUGGAGAGCUGCAGUCUGGCAAAAAAGCGUCUCCGGUGUGACUUCGUUGUGUCCUUCAACCACCAGAACAGCAAACAUGAGCUGAUGGAUAAGAACUGCAAUAAGCUUGAAGAGAAGGCCAAACCUUCUCACUGACUGGGCUCCACCUUUUUAUAGCUUUGAAUGCCUUCUUUGUUUCUUUACUGUUUUAAAUUUGAUUUAAACUGGUGGAUGUAACGGAUGUGUGGUUUGGUAUGAAAUGAACUAAUCAAAGAAUAAAAUAAACUUCUGAUGGUUUGUGUAACUGUA